AGUCGACGACGAUUGGACUGGUUCACUUUAGAUCUCACGAACGUAACUAUAGGGUCAGGUCGUCGCCAGACAAUGACCCGUCAUGUCAAGCUGCGCUGCGCUGCCUCCGUUCUCACAGUAACUGCUCGUCGCUAUAUCAGCUACAGUGCAGCAUCCGAAAGAGCACAACACCAUGUCUGACUUUCAGCUCACGAUAACCCCCAUCAAGCUCUCCGAUCUCCCCUCUGAAGAGACCAUAGUCUCGUCGGGGCGAGCACUUCUGGACUCUACAUCGUCCUGGAAACCAGGCAAAGCCUACCAGAAAGGCGUGGUGAAGACUUGCUCACGCCCAAAGGGCCCGCAGGACGGAGCACCCUGGCAUUGCAGGGUCAGCGAGCAUGCCGCGGAGGACGCGACGUUCGAUGAGUUCUGGAGCAAGCUAGGUGUGGAUAAAGCGCAGAAUGAGAUGCAGUAUAUCCCUGAUAUCAAGAAGGUCACGCUCGUCAAGCAGAUAUCGCCAACCCAAGCUGUCUGGUCGCUAUACUACACGUUCCCACCUCCGGUCUCUCCAAGAGUGUUCACUGUGCUGCAGACGACAUAUCGUGAUGACAACUCGCCUAGGACAGGGCUCAUUGUCUCCAUACCGAUCGACCUAUCUGGAGACGAGGAGCUGGCCAAGAUGGAGGAGAAGGGCGUCAAAGGCCGUUACGUGAGCAUCGAACGUCUCGUAGAACUCGACAGUGGCAAGGUGGAAUGGCGCAUGGCGACUUCAAGCACGCCUGGUGGCAAGAUACCUUCAUUCAUGGCAGAGUCCACCAUGGACAGCACCAUUUCGAAGGACGUGACCCACUUUCUCCACUGGUUCCAUUCCGUCCGUUCGAAACCAGAACAGCCGCCUGCGAGUGGCUAAUUGUGUUUGGUAGCCGAGACCGACUUGUGCACUUGACAUCGUGCACGCACUAUAACGAAGCGUGUACGAGUUCCCCCAGGUUGUAUGCGCACCGCUGCUCCACUCGAUACCAACAUUAUGUACGCCCGUAUACAUACUUGUGAAGCGCGUUCAAUAAUUGUACAAGCACCUUAUAAAGAAGCUGUCUCAGAGAUGCCUGCCAGAACACACAUCCGUGAUCG